AACGUGUAUUGUAUUGUAUUCCCGAAAGGCACAGCGCCCGCCUGCGCGCGGUGAAAAGCUUCAAUCCAAUUAUCCUCAUAUCUCGGGUUUUUGGCGCUCCUGCUACGGCGCCUGGAGGCUGCAGCCAUUGACCACGCCUCAAAUUUUGCUCUCACCGUGAAGGUUUUCACAGUUUUGGAGAUAUAGUUUUGCAUUGCUUGCUUUAAAGAGAGUAGUUAUGGAUUUUGACGAGUAUGAUUAUUUAGAGAAAACAGUUGAAAAUCCCGAGGGACAGAAGGUGAAGGAAACUGCCAAUGGCGGUGAUGCAGAAAUGAAGUCUGGAGAUAAACAUCGUAGUCGAAGUUCAAAGUAUAAGAGUGAUGGUAAAGAUGAUGGGGAACAUAGGUCAAAGCGUUCGAAGUCAGAGGACGAGUCACGUGAUCAUGAUCGACAUAGAGAUAGGACAUCUUCGCAGCACAGGUCAAGGUCUAAAGAUAGAGACCRUGAUCGACGCAGGAGCAGUAAAGAAUAUAGGGAAAAAGAGGACAAAGAAAGGAAUCGGGAAGAGAGGAGCAGUAAGGACAGAGAUGUGGAUAGAGACCGAGACCGUGGUCAUGAUCGUGAUAGAGAAAGUAGACGAGGUAGAGAUGGUGAAAGGGAUAGGGAGAGAGAACGGUCACGCCGAAGUAGAAGUCAUUCGGAAAGACAUUGCAGUGAUCGGGAUGAAAGCAUAAGAGAGAGGAGCCGAGAUAAUGAAUUCAAAGAAAGGGAAAAGGAGAGAGAGACAAGAGAGCGAGGCAGAGAUGGCAGAAGAUAUAAAGAGAAAAAGGAAGAUGGAGCAGAGCCGGAAGCUGAUCCUGAAAGGGAUCAGAGGACUGUAUUUGCCUAUCAGAUAUGUUUAAAGGCAACUGAAAGAGAUGUGUACGAAUUUUUCUCCAGGGCUGGUAAGGUGCGAGAUGUGCGACUUAUAAUGGAUCGUAAUUCAAGGCGUUCUAAAGGUGUUGGGUAUGUUGAAUUUGUAGAUGCUAUGUCUGUACCCAUGGCUAUAGCACUUUCAGGCCAGCCCCUGCUUGGUCAACCUGUUAUGGUAAAGCCAUCUGAAGCUGAGAAGAACCAGGUUCAAUCAACUUCUGCUGCUGGUGGAACAGGUGGAGCAAUGGGUCCCUACUCUGGUGGUGCUAGAAGGUUAUAUGUUGGCAAUCUGCACCCCGAAAUAACAGAAGAUAUGAUUCGUCAGGUUUUUGGAUCUUUUGGCACUGUGGAGCUGGUUCAGAUGCCCCUCGAUGAAACUGGGCAUUGCAAGGGUUUUGGAUUUGUUCAGUUCACACGACUUGAAGAUGCUAGAAAUGCACUGAGUUUGAACGGACAACUUGAGAUUGGUGGUCGAAUGAUAAAGGUGUCUACAGUCACAGAUCAACCUGGAAUGCAAGAUAUUGGAGCAAAUACUGGAGACCUUGAUGAUGAAGAUGGAGGUGGCUUGGUAAAGGAGUCUUCUUCCUUAAAUGCAAGUUCUCGAGCAUCUCUGAUGCAGAAGCUGGAUCGAACUGGCACCGCAUCUAGCAUUGCUGGUUCUUUAGGUACACACGUUGUUAAUAAUACAGGCGCUACUUUGCCGAUGGCACCAAUCCUUGGAGCUGCAUCUAUCCCUUCCCUCGUUCCUUCUUUGGCUACCAUCCCGGCUUUUCCUGGACUUGGUGCAGGCAUUCAGGUUCCCACUGUUACUGCCAAUUUACUCGGUGUUGGUGCCCCAAGUGAAUGCUUACUAUUGAAGAACAUGUUUGAUCCUACAGCCGAGUCGGAACCAAAUUUUGAUCUCGAUAUCAGAGACGACGUUGAAGAGGAGUGCUCUAGGUUCGGAAAAUUGAGACAUAUACAUGUUGACAAGAAUAGCGCUGGUUUUGUGUAUUUGAGAUUUGAAAAUUCACAGUCUGCUAUGGAGGCUCAACGUGCCCUUAAUGGAAGAUGGUUUGCUGGGAAAAUGAUCGGUGCAACUUUCAUGGACAUUCCUAGCUAUGAAGCAAAAUUUCCAGACAGUAGAUAGGACUCGGGAUUUCUUUUGUUUGAAUGCUCUACACUGGAAUAGUUACUUGCCUGUUAGAUCCAUCAUACGAUUAAUUUACAAGGCUUAAGGUCGUCUGGGACAGAAGAUGAUUUGUAUGUUGAGCCAAGGUACACAAUUUACGAUAUACGAUGGCCUCACGAACGAAGACAUUGAAAACAUGUAGCAUCCCCCAAAUAGGAUCCCAUGUUCCCUAUUGAAAAGUUGAUUGUAGUGUAGCUGAGUUAUGGCCCUUUUGUAUGUUCUACUAGGAGUUCAUAUUUAAUCAUGAUUUGACCUAGGAAAUCCGGUGCCCAUUCGUCGACAUGCUUGAUUUACAUCUUAAAACAUCCGAUGAGGUUCGCAAUGUCGUAGAUACCGUUAAUGUUAUAGAUAUUGUUUUAUUCUCGGUCUCGGGUUGAUUGUGGAACAGAUUAGUUUUCAAACUUGAUGUUCUGAAUAUGUUGUCUUUUUUGCUAUAUGGAAUUGAACUUGCAGUCCAAGCAUCAGAUCUACAA